AUGUAUACAUAGCUAUUAUUUUCUAUAUUUACUUUUGCUUAGCUUGCAAAAAUAAGCCUAAGCUAGAACUUACAAACAAUAAAUGGAAAUCUACCAGUUUUUUAACCUUUUCCGCUCUCUACUCUUUAGCCUACAAGCUUAUGUUAAAAUGCAACAACUGAUGUCAUGGCACUUUUUACUCAAAGCUAAAAAAAUAUGCUUGCACUGAAUUUAGAGCUUUGCGGCUUUGCUAUAUAUGAUUUAAGUCAAUUAUCAUCAGGGUAAGUAGAAUUAAUAUAUCAUGCGUAAUUUAACUAGGACAAAGGUUCUGUGCUUUCUUUAAGUGUAACAGAUGAACAAAAAUUUCUUUGGGUUGGUUAUACAAAAGGAAUAUUGGAAAUUUAUGAUUUAUCUUAGUAAAGUUUCCCUAUGAUUUACUCAAGUAACAUUACUUUUUAUGGCAAUCAAGACAAUGUAAAUAAAGUAAUUCAAUUUCCAAAUUAAAAUGUGACUUUUUUAGCUUGUUUAAAUAAUUUUAAAAUGGUCAACUUUAUUAAUAACUAACUUUCCAUCAUUUAAACAUACAAUUUAUCUGAUUGGAAUAUAAUUAAAAUGAGAUUUGCUUUAAAUUAGUCUGUACUUGUUGUACUAGGCUACACCUCUCUCCAUUUUUACUAGCAAACAAUAUUAAGCUUUUAACAAGGAUAAUUAAAUUUAACAUGCAAUUAUUAACCAAGUACUGCAUAUAUUUUAAGUUCUUUUGAAGUUAUUUAAGAAUCAAUACUUGUUGUCCAAAUUUCACUUUCUCAAUAUAUAAUGAUUGAUAUCACUAAGUAUAUAGCCUCGUAUGACGGUAAAACUUGUAACGUAAAUACAAUUACAACUCUCAACACUUAUCCCUCCACUCCUCUUGGAAAUAAUUUUGCUCUCUCAAAAGAUGGAAAAUUCCUAUACACUCAACAAAGUUCUUUGGGAAUCUUAAUUUUUGAUGUAAGUCAAAAAAGCCUUUAAGUAUUUUAAUCAGUUAAAAUUAAUGGAUACUGCGGAGACUUGUAACUGAGUGAUGAUGAAAAUUUUGUAUUUUACUCUAACUAGUAUAAUGUGCAGAUUUUUUAAACAACUGCUCCAAAUUUAAAUUUAGAUAAACCUAACCUCCUUUUAAACUAGUAUCAAUUGACAAGCUAUUCUUUUUACAAAACAAAAGGGUUUAGCUUUGAUAAUCAAAUAAUAUUUUAAUAGCCAAGCAAUUAUUUGUAUAUGGCUAGAAAAGACUAAGGGAGUGCCAUAUUUCAAUACUAGGGUUCAGGAACUUUAUAGCUAAAGUCUCAAAUUCAGAAUGGAAUACCAAACAUUUCGAUUGCUUAUCAAGCUAUAGUUCCAGGUACUUCUAUAUUCUAUCAAAGUAGAGAAAUUUUGGGCUUAUAAAUAGCUGACUGUUCUAAUAUAACAGCUCCUGUAGUCCUCAAACAGAACAUUACCUUUAAUUUAACAAGUAUUAAAUUUGAGAUGAUUGUAUUUAAUUCUAAGGGAACUUUAGCUUUUAUUGCAAAUCUAGUAAAUCUCCUUAUCUUAAAUACAACUGAUAUCUUAAACCCUGUACUGCUUUCUGUCCUUAACACUCACCAAUAUCUAAACGGGGAUUAAAGUCUCUACAAAUUCAUGCUUUCUAAUGAUGAAAAGACACUAUUAUUGUGUGCUUAGCUUUAUGGAAUAACUUUUGCUGACGUCACAAACCCUUAGCAGCCUUACUUCUUAUUUUAAUUAGAAUAAUAAAACAUAAAUUUCAUCCAAUAAACGAUGGAUAGUAAAUAUUUGAUUGCAGGACUCAGAUUUUAUGGAGUCUAUAUUUAUACAAUAAAUUAAGACAGAAGUAUAACUUUCCUCUCUUCUGUAUAAAUAAAUGGUGUCCUUUACUUUUAAUGGUUGAUUUACCAAGAUAAUUAUUUAGUAGUAGGUACAGGAAUUAAUAACUAUAUAUUUUUAGUGAAUUUAGUUGAUAAGGCUAAUCCUUUUGUUGUACAGAGUGUGUCGCUAUAUGGGAAUCGUCCUAUUUAUUGGAUUUCAUCAUCCUAAGACUAAUCGUUUGUUUUUGUCUCAGCCUAUUCAGCACUUUACUAACUGUUCCUUUAAAGUUCUAUUAUUAUCCAUUCUUAAUAUUACUUGCUAACUCCUAUCGAAAAUACUAACCAAUAUAGUCGUUAAUUGUUAAAUAUUGGAUAGCCUUUGAUGGUUGGAUAGUAGAUAGAGAUCUACCUAGUCAAUAUUUACUAGGCUAAAAACCUAUAAAUUAGCUAGGCAUUUUACUAUUAGAAUCUGAUUGUGUAAAAUCUACCGAGCUGGAUGUAAUAUUCUCCAACUACUUAAGUAUUAAGUUUAUAAGUAUCAAGAGAUUCUCUCAUCCCUGAUCAAAACGGAAUGUAUGUUGGCAAGACACUCCAAUAAGUCAUAUUUUUAAGCUAUCAGCAAAUAGCAUAAAAUGCAUUCAUAAAUUCAAAUUUAAACAUUACUGCUAGUGAUUCGUCUUCUAUUUGGUCAGCUUGCAUGAAAGUUGGAUACUUGAAUAACUAGGGUUAUAUUUCAUCAACUUACUCUCCAUUAAAUAUGUUUACUUUAGGUGGUGAUCAAUAAACUGCAGUUUACCUUGCAAAAUGGAACUCUUCUCAAAGCUAAAUAUAGUCAAUACUAAAUUUCGUUUAAUUUAUUUUAAACUAAAACAUAAUCAAUUAUGUUGUUUAAUUCUAAACAUAAUCAUCACUUAUUGUGAAUUUCACUAAUCAGGCUCAUCCAAUUUAGUCAAACCAGUAGCAAGUUACAGUUACCCUACAAACUUCUAAUGGAAAAUUUGUUUAAAAAACAUAUCCAGGAAUUUUGAGUGUAAUAAAUUCACUUGAGAAUGUAAUACAGUUAUAAGGAUCAAUAUCCAGCAUUAAUUUUGUUUUAUUUAAAACAAUAAAACUUUCUUUAACAGAUAAUUCAUAAAACUCCACAAAAAUUUCGAUUGUAAUUGAUGAUUCUAUCAAUUAUAAGUAUAUCACAACUCUUAAUUUAAAUUAAGCUACGUUUAUUUCACAAUAAUCACCAGUCUUAUUAAUAGGAAAGCUUUAAUAAGAUUUUAAUUAGCAAUACCCUGGUGGAGAAAUUGCAAUUUAGACAGCUUUUUCUUACAAAUUAAAUUCAUCUAUAUUUGUAUGCAAAGAUUCAUAGCAAUUAAUCUACUCAGCUUAAAUAAAAAUAAAAGACUAAUAUUAAAAUAUACCUUAAGGAUAUUGGCUAUCAUUUUCCUCAAAUGAAUAAACAUUUGUUGGAAAUCCUCAAUCAAAUAUAUACUAUGAAAGCUUUACUGUAAAAGUCUAAGUGACAGAUGGAUACACAGUAGUUGAAGAUGAAUUAGUAAUAAAGGUUGAUCUAGUUCCUUUCAUGUAUAUAGUUUAGAUUUUGAUAUAGAUCAUAGGUCCAAUCCUGGGUAUUUUUGGAGUCUGGAAAUAUAGAACUUCGUUAUAUAACACUAUUUAUAAAAGUAGAUGUAUUUACACUCAAGAAAUAGUUUAUGUAUCUUAAUACUAUGAAAAGAACAUAAUAAUAGCAAGCGAUACAUUAUCUUACUCUCUUUAACUCUGGAAAUAAGUUAAAAAUAACCUCCCUGUGGAGCUUGUGCAGUAAUAAAUUAAUUAAGCUGCAUAGAAUAAAGAGUUAGUAGCAGAAUUGCUAAAAAAAUACUCAUAAAUUUAUGAAAAAAAUUAAAACAAACCUAAUUUUUUAGAGGAACUAUAAAAAUCAAUUAACCCCUAUUUGAAUCAUUAUGCUGAUUCAAAUGAUGAAGAAUAAAGUUAUAAAAUACAAAAAUAAUUUAGAUUACUAAGCUUAUCAGAUAAGAAUCAAAUACCUCUUAAAUCUAAUACUUUUAAAGAUUCCCCUCUUUCUCCUGAAUUAUCAAGAAAUAACUUGAUUGAUAGCCCGUCACAGGGCUUUUUAAGGAAAUAGAAGUCUAUUAGUGAUAAAAAUUAAAAAAUAAUGAGAAAAUUUUCAAUUUAGUAAAAGAAAAUUAACUAAAGUUUAAUUUUGGAAAAACAGAUUGAUACAAACGCUAGUAAAAAAUUAUUUAAAGACCAUUUUUAAAUUGACUUCAACUCAAUAAAAAAUAUGAUUUUUUAGAUUUAAACAAGUUUACCUGUGAAAAAAUAAAUUCUCUCUAAGUAAUAAAUAAAGUAACUUAAUAUGCCUGAAUCGCGUUUAUAAAUAACAAUAAAAGGGUUAGCAACAUAAUAUUUUGUAUUAUGUUCUCCAAUUUGUUCAUAUAUCGUGUAGAAGCUUAAAGAAAAAGCUUUAUAAAUCUAUAAAUAAAUAGAUUGGUACAGAGCUUAUGUAACUUAUUAACCAUAGAUUAUUGAUGAAAAUACAUAUCCUAAAUAUACAAUCAACUAUGAUUGCUUUAAAAUUGCAAUUUAAGAAAUACUACAUGAAAUGUAGUAAUAGUAGUAGUUGUUUUAGUUGUUUCCAUAAAAUAAUGAAACAGUCUAAACUGAAAAUAACAAUUCUAAAAACUAUUUAGAAUAUAUUGUAGUUUAUCUACCUUUGAUUGAAGAAUAUAUAUUUGCUUAGGCUUUAGGAAUUUCUAAUUAAACCAAAAGAAAAUACUAAAUUUCUUAAGGUGAUACUUUACAUUGUAAGCCUUUUAAAAUACGUUCCAUCAAAUGUUUUGAAAAAAGUUAAGGAUUUAGUUGCUGUCACAGUCUCUAAGAGUUUUUAGGAAUGAAUAUGGUAGAAAAGGGGCUCUCAGAAAAUUAAAGGCUACCUGAGUGGAUGUAAGUUGAAUAUAAAAAAUCUCAUAUAUCUAUUAAAGGAACUCCAAGCUAAGAGCAUGCUGGUUUAUCGAGAUUAAAAAUAUAUGAUUUGGAUGGAUAUCUUUUAAGAUAAUUUGAUAUCAAAGUUAUGCCACAAAAGAAAGAUAGUGUUAAUGAUCCAUAAAUUACUUAGUAAGUAAAACUACUUUAAUCUUAAAAUACUGAAUUAAAUACACUAUUAAAAGAAGCCAGUCCUUAAUUUCAAUCUACUUGCCGUGGUUAUACUAAAUCUCACAGUGAUGAGAUAUUAGAAGAAGAAAUUACCUCUGUCAAAAGAUAUAUAAGUAUUGAGAAAAAAUCUAAUAAUAAAAACUUUAAUACUCUCUCUGAAAAAUAAGAAUAAAAUUUUAGUUUAUAAAUCUGA